AUGGGCAGCGCCAGGACGGGCUGGGAUGGGCAGCGGGAGCUGCAGCGGGGCCGGGAUGUGGAGCUGGAGCCCCGCGGGACCCCCCUGCUACCAGGGACACCCCACAGGUGGGAACCAGCGCGUGUGGAGCCCCCGGGCAGCGCCCACUCCCAGGAUUUCCCAGUGCGGCAACUGGAGUCACUGGGCCACCAAAGUCCCCGAGUUUCUCCCCAAAACCGCCCCGCCGAGGCUCCCCAGGCCGCUGCUUCCCCUUUUCUCCGCGUUCUUUCCCUGAGCCGGCAGCGAAGGGAGCGGGGCCCGGGGGUGACGCUGCCUCCCGGCUCCGGCAGGGCCAGCUCCGCUCCCCGCAGUGCCAGCCUGGGCCGGGCUGCCCCCGCACCGGCCUCUCCCAUGCCAGACACGCCGGGGGGCUGCCCCCCUCGGCCCCCCAACUCAGCCCUGAUCUACAGCAACGUGGGAGAGCUGCGGGCCCACCUCGUCCCCCGCAAGGCCAGCCGAGGGGAAGGCGCUGGGAGACCCCUCCCUCAGCCCGGCCCGGACCCCCAGCCGCCCCCACUGCCCAAAAAGCAGCUCCAGCGAGCCGAGUCCCUCCCGGAGCCGGCAUCAUUCCACCGCUGCCAUAGCGACCCUGAGCCACGGGCUGGCAGCAUCCUCUACAGCAUCCCCCCAGCCCAGCUGCGGCUCGGGGAGGGGGCUCCCCCGCGGGACAGACCCUCCUGGGCACCCAAGAAGCCCCUGACCAAGUCCCAAAGCCUGGGGGAGCCGCUGGCCCGAAGCAGCCCCCAGAAAGCCCCAUCAGCCAGCCUGAAGGAGCUGACAUUUGGGACAGCGGACGGGGAGCUGGGCCAGCUCCUGGAGAGCCCGGCCGGGGCAGAGCUGGCAGGGAAGCGCUGGGCAGAGCUCGCUGUCCUGGACCCCCGGCCCUGCUGCCAGAGCGGGGACGCCUGGUACUUCAGGGUGGGCUUCACCUUCGAGCACAGCCAGCUGCAGUUUGCAGCCAAGGUCCCCAAGCCGUGCUGCUCCAGCCUGGGGGUGCAGAGCUCCCUGGGGACUCACUGCAGCAUCCAGCGCCUGCUCGGCCACUUCACCGACCGCCUCCCGCAGGAACUGGUGCUCCCAGGAAUCCCUGGAAAACAGAAUCAGGGCCCUUUCAGAGAGGAACCAGCCUGUCCUGCCCCCCGGGCUGUGCUGCAGGUGCUCCUUUGUGCCGAGGUUCCCCAGCAGACCCUGGCGGACUUUGUGAAGGGCUCCCACGCUUUGCACAGGACCAGCCCCGGGCACUACGAACGCCUGGGCUGCCUCCUGCUCCUGCAGCUCUGCAUGGGGCUGGAGCACCUCCGGGUGCAGAACGUGGCCCAGGGGGACCUCUGCCCCGAGAACCUGCUGCUGGUGCAGUGCCCAAGUCCCUCCCGGGGCCAGCAGGGCCAGAGGGAGCUGCCAGGACUGUCCCUUCCACGGCUGCUCAUCAGCAGCUUCUUCAAGGUGCAGGAGAAGCAAAGACCUUGUUCCAGCAGCCAGGAGCAGGACUGGAGCCAGGGUCUCGCUGCACCCUCCACUCCAGCAGCAGCUGAGCUCAACGUGGGCAGGCUGAUCUAUCAGAUCUUGCACGUGGACAUCUCCCUGGAGAACAUUCUGGGUUUCAGAAGCAAAAGGCUUCCCGAAAUCCCCUUGCUGUCCAUCUACUCGGCAGGGCUGAAGCGCUUGGCCACGCUGCUCCUGCACAGGGAUCCCCACCAGAGGGUGUCCAUCGAGCAGGCCAGGGGCAUCCUGCAGGUGCUGCUCUGGGGGCCACGCCAGGAGCUCUUUGCCAGGAGCAGGAAGAGCCUCGGGCUGCUCCAGAGCUGGCUGCAGGUCAAGAGGGCUCUGCUGCUCCUGAGGUUUGCAGAAAACUCGGCUGAGGCCAGGGCCAGCCCCGGCCUGGAGGAGUGGCUGUGCUGCCAGUACUUCCAGGAGGUCACAGAACACACCCUCUACCAAGUCACCCAGGUUCUCUAUGAUCCCUAAACCAGCCUCCAGUUCAGCCUACCCAAAGCCAAGAGCUCACGAGGGCCUGGCCAAACCUGGCAGGGGAGUUGAAACUAAAUUAUUUUUAGGGUCCUUUCAGUUCAAAUCAUUCCAUGAUUCUAUGAAAUCCACCAGUUCCUCGCUGGGAAAGCUCUGCAAAACUAAACCCACUCCCCUCAUAGCCCAUGAAUUAUGAAGCUGGGAUCAAACUCCCAAGCACAGGCUGUGGUUUUAUACCCUCAAACAAUUUUUGCUUGGUACUCUAAGUCUGGUUUAUCAGAACAUCUGAGGGAAGGCAGCUGGAUGGGAGCCCCAAGCACCAAUUUAGUGGCUGAUAAUCCCCAGUAAAGUUUAUGGGGUUCAGACUUUGUACAAAACCCCCUCAGAACCUUUUUGCAGUCACCAGGUUUUUGCUGUUUUCAAUAACACUCACAGCUCACCCUUCUCAGCAAAGGAGAAACAACAGCUCCUUCAGCCUGGGCUUCCCAGAGACAACUUGUGGUACAAUCACAAAAAAAAUGGUAUUUUAAAGGGAAAAAUACAGCUUCAAUAAAACCUAGAGCUGAGCCUCUCAAA